AAGCUACAGCUUCUAAUUUAUGCAUCUAUAUGUAACUUACACUUUCCUUCCGCGGCAUGGAAGAAAUUAUGAAUUCCAUGUCAUGAGAUCAUAUAAUAAGCUCAUUUGGCAAAGAGAUAAUGCAAAGGCAUGGUGAAUGGAUUUGCGUAUGUUGUGUUGAUGGCGAAUGCAACAACAGAGGCUGUGUUGAAUUUUUUGAAGACAGCGUGUAGUAUAGUUGUAAAUCUGUGACAGUAUUUCAAAAUGAAUAUAGUACAAAUGAAAAUCAGAUCGUGCUUAUAUAGCACAUUAGUUAAAGCACUUGGUAAAGGAAGGUGGGAUCUAAUGAGUGCUGUUUGUUUGGAAAGGAAGCCAGUGAUUUCCAGAGAGAUGAAUGAAACUGAAAAAAACUUUUCAAAAAUGCUUGCACGUAUUGAGUUAGAGAACAGUCACAAAAGUGAUCAUGAAAUGAGGUUAGAGAAGGAUAUGUUGCAGGCUGAGAUGUUAAAGAGUAAAUCGUGUGACUUAGAUAUAGAUCUUGCACUGCAACAAACUGCACAAGACUUUGAGGAUGCCUCUGUUGAUGAAUAUAACAAAUUUUUGUUUGGAUCUCGAGUAACAGAAGCAGAUAAAACAGAUGAUCUUCAGAGCCUUGUAAGGAAAUUAGACAGACAUUUGUUGCUUGUAGUUCAACAAAAGCAGUGGGAUCAGAAAGUUUGGAUCAUGCCUCAAGGAUUACGAAUGGAUGGAGAAACUAUGCUACAGACAGCAGAAAGGGUACUGAAAGAACAGUGUGGUAUGGAUUUGACAGUCAAGUUCUUUGGAAAUGCUCCUUGUGGUGUUUAUAAGUAUAAGUAUCCAAAAAGGUUUAGAGAGACAACUGAAGAAACAUCAGUUGGUGCUAAAGUAUUUUUCUUCAAGGCACAGUACAUUGCAGGGCAUUUGGAACAUAACAGACUAAAAUGUAAAGAAUUCAAAUGGCUAGGGAGAGAGGAACUUAUGUCUAGUGUACCCCAAAAGUAUUACAAAAACAUUAGUCAGUUUUUAAUUGAUGAAUAAAAAUGUUCUAGUUGUUUCAUAAUAACCAUUUAAAAUAAUUAGGUUGUCAGCAUUUUUUUAAGUUCUAGUUGAAAACAUGUCGUGUGUAGCAUGUAUGUACUUGUGAACAUGGCACAGAUUUCAAACAAGUAAUGCCUUAUAUGUAUCAUUUUGUGAAGUAUGUAUAUGUGUGAAAAGUUUGUAAAACUGCUAAUUUCUAAAUUACAAUUAUGUGUGUACAUUCUUUUCCCACUGUUUGGUAUGAAUAUGUCAAAUACUCAUUUAUUUGACAAAAUUUUUAAUUGCCAUGGUCUGAACUGACUUUCUGAAAGACUCUUUGUGUGUGAGAGAGCUUGUGCUAGUCUACAUAUCAAAGUGUAUAUGUAUGGAAGAAUAAACAACUUUAUAAUUGCU